UAAGAACGCACCCUUUGGAAGCGGAAUCCACCUAUUGGCAGAGAGAGGAGUUAACCUUAGUCCUCUUUCUUGGUUCGGUGUUUCUCUUGUACCCUCAAACACUUCUGAAAAAUGGGUCGAUAUUCGCGUGAACCGGACAACCCGACCAAGUCAUGCAAGGCUAGGGGCUCCAACCUCCGCGUUCACUUCAAGAACACGAGGGAGGCUGCCAACACCAUUAAGCGUAUGCCUUUGAAGAGAGCUGUUGCUUUCCUCAAGAACGUCAUCCAGCAUAAGGAGUGUGUUCCAUUCCGUCGUUACAACGGAGGUGUCGGCCGGUGUGCUCAGGCUAAACAAUGGGGUACCACCCAGGGACGUUGGCCCAAGAAGUCUGCAGAGUUCCUUCUGCAGUUGUUGAAGAAUGCUGAGUCCAAUGCUGACCUCAAGGGUCUAGAUGUUGAUCACUUGGUCAUCGAUCACAUUCAGAUUAACCGUGCUCCAUACAUGCGUCGGCGAACAUACCGUGCUCACGGAAGGAUCAACCCAUACAUGAGCAGCCCUUGCCACAUGGAAGUCAUCCUGGCUGAAAAGGAAGACAUUGUUUCCAAAGUCAAGGAGGAGGAAGUUACCAACAAAAAGAAGGUUUCAAAGAAGAAGUUGGCUCGCCAAAAGUUGUCCCAGAGGGAAUAAACUUUUCCUGUAAACACUUUGUUAACCCUUUGUGUUGCCUGAAAUACAACGUUGGUGACGCUCGAA